CCCAAAUUUCACUUUCUUCAAUUUAUUUACCUCAUAUCGCCGCCUUUCUUGCUUUCGGGGGGAAGUUUUCCGCUUCCGCCUUCCCAAAUAAACACGAAAAUUGAAAAAGAAAAACAGAGCCCGAAUUUGCAAUUUACACCAUCACUUUCUUUCUCUCAAAAAACUUUUUUGAGAAAAUUAACCAAACACAUGGACUCUUCGCCUGUCAACUGGGAAGCACUGGACGCUCUCAUAAUCGAUUUCGCCAAAUCAGAAAACUUGAUCGAGGACUCUUCGCCACCGUCUUCGCCUUCUCUCACCUCUCCUUCUCUCUCUUCCUCUUCUUAUCAUUCGAGGUUAAUCAUUCGCCAGAUCAGACGCUCGUUAGAGACUGGUGACAUUGACGCCGCCAUCGAUCUCUUCGGAGCUCAUGCUUCUUUUGUGCUAGAGGAUCACCGCCUUCUCUUUCGAUUACAGAAACAGAAAUUUAUUGAGUUGCUGAGGAGAGGAACAACGGAGGAUCGUGUCGACGCAAUUGAUUACUUAAGGAAGUCUCUUGCUCCUUGUGCUCUCAAUGCCUAUCCGGAAGCAUAUGAGGAAUUCAAGCAUGUUCUUCUUGCCUUUAUAUAUGAAAAAGAUGAUCAAACUUCCCCUGUGGCAAAUGAGUGGGCUGAGAAGAGGAGGUAUGAGAUUGCUGGAUUAAUGUCUUCUGUUUUAAGAGCUCAUUUACAUGCAUAUAAUCCACUCUUCUCAAUGACAUUGAGAUAUUUGAUAAGCAUACAUAAAGGAUUUUGCUUUCGACAAGGAAUUGUAUCACCCAUUUCAAAUCUUACUGAGAGAUUGCUCCUUGAGGAACGUGACCCCCCUGCAAUACCUCAAGAGAGCUUGUAUGAGGCACAACCAUUUGAUGAGGUGGAUGUACAAGCUCUUGCACAUGCUGUAGAGCUUACAAGACAAGGGGCUAUUGAUAGCUUGAGAUUUGCGAAGGGUGAUCUGUUUCAGGCAUUUCAGAAUGAAAUAUGUCGAAUGAGAAUGGAUGCUGCCAUGCUUGAUGAACUUGUUCGUGAGUACUGUGUUUACAGGGGAAUUGUGGAAUCUGGAAUGCAAACACUUUCUGAACCUUUGAAAGUUAAUCCACCAGAGUCUAGGUGUUGUUCAUCACGAGACUCUUCUCUUGAUGUGGAUUGUAGCAGUGCUAAGUGUUCAAAUAGUGAAAAUUCUGCUACUACUGAUCUGAGUAGCAUGCAAGGAACUGAUGUCGAAUCAAGAUAUGCUUCUGAGCCAACCAACAACCUCAAAGAUUGUAGCACCAGUGGGUCACAUCAGUCUGAAAAUUCAAGGUCAAGUCUCCUGAGAAACAGAAGCCAUGGAGCUGGUGAAAGAAGUAAACGUAAGCGAUGGAGGGGAAGACAUGAUGAACUAGAUUUUAUUUCUGAUAUUCAUUUUAGCCGAUGUGGCAAGCAAGAGGUUAGCACUGCAAUGCAAGUUGCCAGCACAACUAUAUCAAAGUUUAUUCUGCAGGGAGUGGAAAAUACCAAUGGAGAAGACAAAUAUGAAAUUGUUCUGGGGAUGAAGGAACUAGCUAGCAGAGGAAUGGCUGCUGAGGUUGUGAAGGAAAUUAACGAAUUGGAUCCAAACUUCUUUGCGGAAAAUCCUGUUUUGCUGUUCCAACUCAAGCAGGUUGAAUUUCUAAAACUAGUUGGAUUGGGUGAUCAUUCCGGUGCUCUAAGGGUUGCAUGCUCCCAUUUAGGUCCCUUAGCUGCCAGUGACCCCAAUUUACUGAAGCCCUUGAAGGAGACUCUGUUGUUUCUGCUUCGACCAAAUGAGGAUGCACUUGUGACUGGCUUGCCUUUGCAUGCUCUUGCAACUUCACUUCAGGUUGCUUUUGGGAAGAGGCUUGGUAUUGAGGAGCCUCAGCUUAUGAGGAUAAUGAGAGCAACGCUUCACACGCACUCUGAAUGGUUCAAACUUCAAAUGUGGAAAGAUUGCUUUGAAAGUCUCUUGAGAAUUGAUUCUUUGAAGGAAAAUAACACUCCUGUGCUAACUUCCUUAGCUACAUCAAAAUCAAACACCGAUAGUUGCACCCUUGGGUCUUCACAAGUUACUAUCUCAUCAACUACCCGUGUGUCCGAUGAUGGUGGUAGUCCAAAUCAAGCGUCAUCAAGAGAUGUUAUUCAUGAUGAGAAUGCAAUACUUCAAGUAAUGGAAUUUCUUGCUUUGCCAAGGGCUGAUGCAAUCCAUCUCCUAGCACAGUACAAUGGAAAUGCUGAGACGGCAAUCCAGCAAAUAUUUACAUACCUGUAAAGCACUGUAGAAAUCUGAUGAUUUUUUUAAUUUUUAAUAUUAUUUUUAUUCAAUUUAUAUCAGUUAUAGAUAUAUAAUUAAACUUCAAAAGGGUUUCUGUUGUAGUCGUCGGAUUUUGUACACUACCAUAAGUUUCCCUUCAUUUGCAGGAAAAAGGGGUUCAUUAUUAUUAAAUUUAUUGGAUUGUUGUAGAGGUAAUAAAUCGAAUUUCUUACUUUUCUGAGGCAAAAUUUUGAAAUCAUUCUC